AUGGAAUUUGUGGACGCGAUUGGGGAGCUGAAGGCCCUCCCCGAAGGCACCCACCUACUUUGCCCGAGACACAGUGAAGAUGACUAUGGACGCUAUGACGACCCAAAUCAAGUGAACGAACAAGGAAAGAGCACCAAGGACAUCGUGGCAGAGGCCAAGGAGCGCAAGGAAAAGUUCCUCUUAUCCAUGCGUAUUCUCGCCUACAAUGCCGAUGGUGUAGAGGAGCUACAGACUUGGGUCUUGAGCAGACUGGACGAGUCUUUGGAAAAAUGCGACCUCUGCAUCAAGCAAUACUACACCGGCAAGGUCUGGCUUAUGGACCAGCUCAAGGAGUCGUACCAAGAUGAAGACAUUGAGGAAUUUUCCCAGCGAAUGGAUGAAUGGGACAUUAAGCGCAUCACGAGAAAUCUGGCUACAGCAUCCGCACAGCUCAAAAAUGUCCCUCCGCAAGAGAUCAAUCUAAGUGUCUUGGACCGUGCUGCAUUGCUCUCCAUUUUCGAGACGCUAAGCUGCGAGGCGAUGCUGCGAAAUGAUCAACUUCUCCAGGAGCAUUUUGAUGAGCCAUUCAAACUCAUUCAAUCAAAAAGGUCUUUGAAGAUCUCUGAUUAUGUCCCUGCCGUUACUCGCUUCCUCUUUGACUCGAACCAAGCUCGCAGUUUCUGGGCUAUUUCGACAUGGACGCGAUACGUUCGACCCCCAACUAGUGAGGAAUUUGAAUGGGCAAUUCGAGAUGGUCUUCUCAGUGCUUUGCAGGCUGGCUCACAAGCUGCUAAUCAAGUACAACCACAGCUUGCAGUCAUCCAGCGCCUGUGGCGGGGGAUGCAGCUUAUUGUGCGGAAGCUAGACAAAGAUCAAAUCACACAUAACCUUCGUGCUUUAGAUAUUGAUCCUUGCCGCUUGUCUGUGGACCAUCUACACCUACAAACCCCGGGACUCCGAUUCCUCUUGAAUACUAUUCAGAUCCUGCUUGAGAAAGCUCCAGUUGACUUCUGGGACGCCAUGCAAACUAUUUCUCCUCAGGCCAUCGUCGAACAGAUCUUCGCCAACUACCAAUUCAAGGCCUUCCUCAUGCAGACCACCGAAGGUGAGGCGUAUGAGAAGUCUGCCGUGAAAGAUAUGCUAUCCUGGAUCAGUCCAUUCCUGGCAUCACUCAAAGGCCACCAUCAACCCUCUGCAUGUCGGUACUUGUCCACGCAACUGCUACAGCAUCUCCAAGAUGGCCAAUACCCUAACCUCGCUCGAUAUCACUGCUUUCACGUUGGCCUGAACAGCCUGCUCACUACACUCCGCCGGUUUACGGACCAUGAAGCUUCAAGAAGCUCGGUUGACAGCGUGGUGCUCAAAGAGACCAUGGACGUGGUGGCUGCUACGAUAAACGUCAUUCUCAGCCCACCAGUAUUCAAUAUUGAGCAGGGUCGCCAAGAGGAGAUCAAGUCUCUAUGCAUGGAUGUCGUUCGCAACACUCUAGCUCUCGAGUGUCAGUCGUUGAAGAGUGACUACGAGAUCAUUCUAAAGCACGACACUCUUUCACAUGGCGUCUCUACCUAUUCUGCUCCCGUCUGGGAGGCAGUGAUCAAGCGUCUUCGUCAAGAUAACCUUGCACUGUCGACAGCUGCUCUGCUGGGUGUCCUGCCUCUCGUUGGUCUCGAAAAGUUCCCCACCAAGGGCGAUGGUACCAAAGAGAAGACGCAUUUCAACAUGAUCUAUGGCCAUCUCACCCGCCUUUCCUGUCAGAUGAUCGAACGUUUGGCAGACUUCCCACCCGAACACCUGAAACCUCUUUUCCAGAGCCAGGAUACCAGUAGUGCGCUUAUCUCGACCCUCUUCGCUGCGGAUUUGAACACCUACCAAGCUGCCGUUGAUCUCAUCAAGAACGUCAGCGGUCAAUUCGCACGUCGAGAUGCAAUCUCCUACCUCCUCGAGUCAUUCUUCACAACAUCCAUGUAUGGCAUGAGUUGGUCCUUCCGACGGAUUUCCAACAUGAAGACCUUCGCACCUGCUCCAAGAAUGUUGCAUACGGGAACUGAUAUCGUAGAGAUUCUGUGUAAUAGCCAGACGGGUAUGCUGCGUACGCGAAAUUUCGUGGACCGGCGGGAGAUCCUGUCGCUUCAGAAACUGUGGGAAUUCCUGUGGCAAUCAUUAACCACCAUCUUUGACGAGACGGAGGCCUGGCAUAUGCGUGGUAAUGACAAGGAAGUCAUGCUUGAUUUCUGUCGUGAUACCAUUCAAUUUGCCAAUUUCCUCUUCGACCAAUAUGGUGUCUUUCUGGGUGCCGUGGGGGGAGCAGAUACUGCGCAAAAGGCAGUUUCGGAGAACUUCAUUAAAUCGCCUACGACCACGAUGAGUGCCAUGGUGAAGUGGUUGCGUCUAAAGGAUGAAUAUCUGGCCACGUCCUUGGUCGCGCUUGUCUCGAAAAUCUUGAGGCGAUUGGGUAGCCUGGACGUGACGACUGUGAAGGCAGACGCGUUGAGCUUCAUUGAAGGCACCGCCGUUCAUGGGACAAUCAAAACAAUCCUCACCAGUCGCGACAAGGCAGAACUUGUGCGCUCACUUGAAGCCUACACGAAAAAGCCUGUCGUUACUGCUUCCACGGCCUCCCUGAAGAAACAAUCUUCCAUCACUUCGUUUGCCCGCCGCCCCAACGACCUUUCUUCCCCGUCUUCUCCUUCCUCUCGCGUCCCCAGUGAUGACGACUUUGACGAAAUCUCUGACCAAACUUUCCUGGACCUUUCUCGCUCUGUUGAACUCAACAAAAAUCGCGUCGCCCUUGCUGCCAAGCAGAAGGCUCAAUCCUCUCUCGGGAUGGCCGCCUCAACUGCACUUCAGACACGGCCUGGGUUGCCCAAGGGCCCCAUUGCUCAACGUCUGAAGAAUGAUGCGACCAGCGUCCUGUCCUUCCGCGAAAAACGCGAGCGCGAGAAAGAGGCCAAGAGAAAACGAGAUAUGGCAGAGUUGGCGAAACUCAAGAGGAACGUGCCUGCACGUGGGGUUGCGGAACAAACGGCCGAGCAGGGCUCUGGCCUUAAAGGUAUUGGUGUGAAGGGUAUAGAUCAUUCAAUUCCCCUGGAUAGUAUGAUGGUUUCGUCUGGCUCGGACAGCGAUACUGAAAGUGAGGAUGAACUAGAUCAAGAGUUGUUCGGCGCGAAGCCCAAGAAGUCCGAUGCCACGGACGCCUCCGAGCAGCAGAAGAAGACCCCCCAGCAGAUGCCCAUAAGGAAGGUAAAGCGUCACCGUUCCAUGAAGGAUAUGCGUGCCCGUCUGUCCCCGGAUCUUUCGUCCUUGCACCACAAGAUUCUUUCCUGGAAUUAUUUUGCAACUGGCGAUCUCCCAUCUACCUCGGAGCGCACAGACUAUACCCUUGUCUCGAAUUCGUUCCGUUCUCCCAUGGAAUACAAGAACACAUUCGAGCCCCUGUUGAUUCUCGAAGCCUGGCAAGGUUUCCAGUCAGCCAAGGAAGAAGGCGCCUCCUCCUUCCGGCCCUUUGAGGUCAAGGUUAUGACCCGCUUGACCGUGGAUUCGUGGAUUGAAGUCAGUACCUUGCCUCUCGGUCUACCUUCCAAGGACUUCUUUAUCAGCGAAGGCGAUCUUGUUCUGUUCUCCAACGCUGCAAAGCCGCAUGAGACCGAGAGCGCUCCACAUAUCCUUGCUCGAGUUGCCCAUGUCAAUCGUAAAGGUGGAAAGAUGGAGGUUACCUACCGUAUGAACCCGGGACCCAACAAGUUCCUUCAAUCCUUCACUGUUGGUUCAACAGCGUUUGGUGUCAAGGUUACCUCGUUGACCCCCGUAGAGCGUGAAUACGGUGCUCUGAUGGCCUUGGAAUACUAUGAUCUUUGUGAAGAGAUUGUGCUUGCCAAGCCGUCACCACUCCUCGCAUACGGAGAUUCCACUUUGCAGCCUUACAUGGACAACUACGAGAUCAAUCGUGCCCAGGCCAAGGCUAUCAAGUCAGCCAUGGAUAAUGAUGCUUUUACCCUUAUUCAGGGUCCCCCCGGUUCCGGAAAGACCAAAACUAUCACCGCUCUCGUUGGCAGUCUCUUGACCAAUGUCCUCAGCAAGGUUGCAGUCUCCAUUGGCAACUCCCGACCUGCGACUUCCCGGAAAGUGCUGGUGUGCGCACCCAGUAACGCCGCUGUCGACGAACUGGUCAUGCGAAUGAAGGACGGCGUCAAGACUCGUCAUGGUCGCGUAGAAAAGAUCUCGGUCGUUCGUUUGGGCCGAAGCGAUGCCAUCAAUGCCAAAGUUCUUGAUGUGACCCUUGACGAGAUGGUCAAUGCCCGCAUCAGUCAAAGCCCUUCUGCAUCAAACAACGUGGAUAUGCAGAAACUUUAUGACGAGCACAAGAAGACUGACACUCAGUUCAAGGAGCUCCGAUCUAGUCUUGAUGAUUGCCGAGCCAAGGGAAUCCAAGCACCCGAAGAGUUGGAGCGCGAGUUUGAGUUGAUGAAGAAAAAGCGAACUCAACUGAGUGCAGACAUUGACAAGGCCCGCGACCAAGUCUCCACUCUGGCCCGCAAUGCGGACAUGCAGAAGCGACGCAUUCAGCAGGAGGUUAUCGACGGUGCUCAUGUCAUUUGCACCACGCUCAGCGGUUCGGGACACGAGAUCUUCCUGGGCAUGAACGUUGAGUUUGAAACUGUCAUUAUUGACGAGGCGGCUCAAUGUAUCGAGCUGAGCGCCCUCAUCCCGCUCAAGUACGGUUGCUCUAAGUGUAUCCUUGUCGGUGACCCUAAACAGUUGCCGCCUACCGUCCUGUCGAAGAUGGCAUCGAAGUUCCAGUACGAACAAAGUUUGUUCGUGCGCAUGCAGAAGAAUUACCCGAAGGAUGUGCAUCUGCUGGACGUCCAGUACCGUAUGCAUCCAGACAUCAGUGCCUUCCCCAGCCUCACCUUCUACGAUGGCAAGCUUCAGGAUGGUCCCGAUAUGGACAAGCUGCGUGUUCGCCCGUGGCACCAGAGCGAACUACUCAGUCCGUACCGAUUUUUCGAUGUCCAGGGUAUGCACCAUAGUGCGCCCAAAGGUCGCUCUCUUAUCAACUACGCGGAGGUUCAGGUUGCCAUGCAACUGUAUGACCGUCUGGUCACGGAUGUCAAGGACUACGACUUUGUAAACAAGAUUGGUAUUAUCACUCCAUACAAGGGCCAGUUACGUGAGUUGAGAAACCAGUUUGCAUCUACAUACGGUGAGGAUAUCUUGAAAAAGGUCGACUUCAACACCACCGAUGCCUUCCAGGGUCGAGAGAGUGAGGUCAUCAUCUUCUCCUGUGUGCGUGCCUCCAACAACGGUAUCGGUUUCUUGUCCGAUAUCCGUCGUAUGAACGUCGGUCUCACCCGUGCCAAAUCCUCUCUCUGGGUGUUAGGUAACUCUAGCGCCCUAAUGCAGGGUCAAUACUGGCGAGGUCUCAUCACAAACGCACGAGAGCGUAAGCUCUACACCGAAGGCAAUAUUCCAAAGCUUCUCCAGCGACCUCAAUUUACUGGUUACAAGGAGGUUGAAAUGGUUGAUGUUGACGCGGCUACUCCUCCUACAACCACGGCAGCCCCAGCUGCGCCGACUGCCGCUCCCAUCAACCCGCCAGUCAAUAAUGUGUCGGUUUCUCAAACUUCCUCGGGACAGGCUGGCCCUGGGCCCCGGCCAGUUGUGGCCACCGUACCAGUCUCUAUUCCUACGCCUCGCCCUGAUGGUCCCUCUGGUGGUGCCGUUGGUCUGGACGAGACCAAGAUGUGUGGCAUUUGCGGCAGCAACGAGCACUUCACUCACAACUGUGAUAACGACGACGCCAAGGAGGUUGCCCGCGGCCAGUGUUACCGAUGCCGCGAGUUUGGUCACAACAAGUUCAACUGCCCUGCCAUCCGCUGCCUAGAGUGUGGUCAGAUAGGUCAUGCUGCUAUCAAAUGCGUGGCCAAGCCGCUUCCCAAGCAUGAGAAGAGCCGUAUCGCCAAUGAAGAGCGUCGUCGUCUUGAUUAUCAAAAGCAAAAUGCCGAGCGUCAGCGUCAACGCCAGAUGGGUGGCCAUGAUCCCAAGAUUCCCACUAUCGCCGUGUCCAGCAGCUCGUCUUCGGCUCCCAAUGAGAACACUGGCAACAAGCGAAAGCGAAAUGAGCAGCCCCCCGAUGGACCGAAGGCGUCACGGCCGCGUACCGGUCCAUCGGGUCCACCACCGAAUGCGCCUAGGGGACCGCGAGCCUUGCCACCUGGCCUUGCUAGUAAUCCUGCUCGCAGCGGCCCCGCUCCGCUAUCGGGCACAAAGAAACCGUCGGCGAGUGGUGGUGGUGGUGGUGGUGGUGGUCCUUCUGCACCUGGCUCAAAUGCUACAGAGGCUCCUCAUCCUGCUCAGCCCAAGCCGCGUCCCCCAAUCAUACGCAAAAAGAAAGAAGUAGACCCGUUCAUUCGGCGACCCAAGCCGAAACAAAAGUAG